AUGUUCAAGACGCCGCUUCCGACAGAAUUAUCCCUAUUAAUCCUUUCAUAUCUUCCUUUAUCGUCAAUCAGGUCUUUGAUUUUGACCAACACUGAAUGGGCCGCAUUUGUAGACCAAAACCAAAGUACUGUGUAUAGAAAUGCCGCUGCUGUGGAGGGAUAUAUCGAAGCAAGCGCGAAAUUUGUGUAUGUGGAUGAGGUCGUCGCCCAUCCUGAAGGAAAGCGAGACAAUCGGCGUUCAUAUUCUCAGCAUUCCAUGAAAGGCGUAGAGGGUUGGCGAAGCUUUUGUCAACGGCGAAAACUCGUUGAACGCUCCUGGGCGGGGAGAGCGCCCUCGCGGGUCGUUGAUGUGCUCGAUCCACCGCACUACAAGCGUGUGCAUCGCAUAAAAGUGGAUGAAAACGCGGGCAUCACGAUAGCAACGACGCAGCUUGGAGGGUUAUUGGUGCGGGAUCUUGAGAGCGAUGUGGUGCUUUGGGAGCUUCCGGUGUGGUAUGUUCGUCAAUACGCUCAUUUGGAGUAUGGACAAGGGUACAUGAUAUUCGACCGCGAUGACGGGAACAAAGAGGUUUGGAGAAGAAUCGCUGACUCAAGCGCGAAUGAACAGUUGGAGGAUCCAGAAUUUGAGCCCAAAUCUGCCCCCGACGAGCGCCAAAAGCACGUCGUGAAUUAUAUCGCACACCUCACGCCUAACUUUCCUCCUGCUAAUUCUUCGUCAUCAGCCAGCAACUUUAAAGCCCGGUUUGCACCCCAUGCGGUUCUCCACAUGCCGGAGAUAACGAGAGCAUAUCGAUAUGUGUACCCCACGCUUCUCGUAGCGAGCUUGGAGAGAGCGUAUCUAUGGGAUGUACGGACAGGGAAGCUACAACAGAUGAUCUCGGGUAUUCAGGUUAUCAGUAUGCCAGAAGAAGAGGACACACAAGGCCACGAACACGGGAACGAUGGCGCAGAGUCUGAUGACGACGACGAAGAAGAGGAAGAGUCUGGGGCAGGUAACCCUGAUAACCAUAUCUCGGCACAACAAGAGCUCAUGCCGCAUGAUAUUGACCUGAUGGACGUUCUCCCGAGGCUCAACCCAGCGCGAAUCCUGGAUCAAUCGUCAGAGCAAGCUGGAGCGAACGGUGAUACUGACCCUAUUGACGACUCAGAGGACGAAGAACUAUCUAUGACAUCUGAAGACGAAGACGAAGCAGUGCAGCUUCCACGUUUCCUUGGGCUCGUGAGGUACGUUGACCUGUCAGAGAGACAUGUCUUCUUCGCAGGCAGGUACCUCUUGCGUAUUUUCUCGCGGGAGACAGGAAAAUGUGUGAUGGACAUCCCAUCGACAAGGUGGCGGUAUGGGAAAUGGCGUUGGGAGAUAGCAAGUCGGAAGAGUGCCACUGCUACUGAUUUGGACUCAUACGAGAAAGCGAAGAAAGAGGAAAGAGAGGCCGUACGCAUGCCCGUGCGUUUUAGUCUGGAAGAGUAUCCAAGAGGCGGUGGCAGAGUAGUCAUUGACCAGUUUAUCGCUGGCCCCCCGCCAGUCGUUGCCCCACCACCGCCCAGCUCAAAGGGCAAGGAAACCUCAACCUCUACCUCUACCUCUGCAACUAACUCAAGAAGACCGCAAUUAUCCAACAGAUCCACCGCAAACUCCACUGAAAAUGUUCCCCCUAUGUCCUUCGAUCCCGUUUUUUUCAUGCCUGGAUCAUUCCCGGGCCCCUUUUCAGGCCCCUCCACAUCCACGUCUAAUGCUGCUGCCUCAUCCUCGUCACAGACUCGGGAUGAAGCAUCCCGCGCUCGCAUCCGCCGACGAAACGCGCGCAGGAAACGGAGGCAGCGGCAUAGGGAAGCGCGUGAAAUGCGCCGGCGAGCAAAGGACGCGAAGGACGAGGAGAUUUUCGAGCACACUAUUGACGUUCAGCUCGGCGCGCCUAGUGCUUCGAGUGGGAUAUAUCUUGCGUAUGAAAACGGGCGGAUUGGAAUUGUCACAUCUAACGCGAUUUACAUCGUAAUCCCUCCUAUUCCCCCGCCACCCUCUGCAUCCAACGCAUCCACACCGCUCGGCAUACGGCGUAACCGAACAAUCGACGUCCCAAAACUCGAAGUGAUGCGCUUGCCCUUCUUCUCGAACCCUUCAUGGCUCUGCGAAGUGAGCUGUCUGAUGAUGUCGGACACGGGGCUAUUUGUUAAUUGGAACCCGCUUUGGCCGAGGAUGGUGGGUGAUGAAGUCCAGCUGGCGGAACGCGUGUGGGAGGAUGAGGAAGAUCAGUCGGAGUUGAACUUGGAUGUUGAUAGUGACGAUUAUGAACCAAUGGAAUGGGAACUGGAGGACAUGGAAUUUGCUGGAGAUGGCGAUGAGGUCGCUGGUCCCAGUGUGGACCGAAGGUCUGGCGGAAACGCGCAUCAGAUGAGGAAUGCUCGUGAAGAGGACAGAGAGGCUGUUGACGCUCUCGUGAGCGAGCUACUUCCACUGAGGCAAAGACGUGACCCUGAAUGGCAGAGGCAGCACCAAGACAACCGUCAAGAAGAAAUGAUGCGUCAGUGGGAGCGGGAAUACGAAGAUGAUUUACUUCAUUACGAACUAUCAGAGAAUGAGCGGUAUCAUCAUGUUGUGGAAUCUGAAGUAUCUACUAUAUAUCGUGUGGACUUCGCGCCUUAUUCCAAUGGGGCGUAA